AUGGCUUGCAACGACUUUGGUGGAUCGGAAUGGUGCUGUGGUUGGCUUAUAGUUUUAAGUAGCCAUAGCUUACAAAUGUUGAUGGCUGGAUGUCAAUUGAGUAUGGGAGUAUUUCUGGUAAAAUUCAUGGACUAUUUCGGAGAGGGUGCUGGAAAAACGGCUUCAAUUGUAUCGCUGCAAUCAGGCGUAAUGUUUUUCCCAGGGCCCUUGGUCAGCAUUUUGAAUAAUAAAUUUGGAACCAAGCCAUUGGUUGUUAUUGGUGGUGUAUUAUCUAGUACGGGUAUAUUUUUCAGUGCAUUUGCUAACAGUGUCAACAUAUUCAUAUUCAGUUACGGUAUAACAGUUGGAUUCGCAUUUGCACUUGUUUAUGGACCAAGCGUCGUGAUCGUGGGACAGUAUUUCCACAAACGACACGCACUAGCCAAUGGCAUCGUCUUUGCUGGAUUCGGUGUCGGCAUAAUGGUAUUUCCGCCUCUGUAUCAGACGUUAAUUGACAAAUACGGAUGGAGGGGAGCAAUGAUUGUAAUGGCAGGAAUCAAUAUGAAUAUCGUUGUAUGUGGAAUGUUAAUGAGACCACCACCGAAAUAUGACCGAGAAGUCAAAAAUGGAGAUGUUAAUGGAUGUACGUAUGUAAAUCAACACGAAUGUGCAAAUUCGUUGUUAGCAACGCGAUCAUCUGAAUCACGCAAGGAUGACGGGAACAAAGAAAUUCGUAACAGUACAAGUUUAAGACGCAAAAUCACUCACCACCUUGCGUUACAGUUAUACACGAAUUCCUGGUUCCGUAUACUGUGUGUCACGGUACUGAUAGCUGCUAUCGGUCAACUCGUACUCCUGGUUCAUAUAGUGAAUAGAGCAGUAUCCGAUGGGAUACCCGCACUUGAUUCUGCUUUCUUGAUGACAAUAAUUGGAAUAUCAACUAUGCAGUGUAUGCCCUUGUUCGCAGCAUUGUAUGGCAUUGCGGACAGUAUGAGCGUCCCCCUACACAGUGUUGUAUCUCUAAAACACUGUAUUGGAACAGAAAACUUAUCAAGUGCAGUUGGGUGGUAUUUAUUCUAUGGUGGUAUUGGGUACAUUCUUGGACCACCAUUUGGAGGUUGGAUAUAUGACAUUUCAUUGAACUAUGACCUCUCAUUUAUAGCAGCUGGCUGUUCAUUAUUACUGGCAGCAUUUCUCAUUCUUAUGCAAAUUGUCUACAAACGAUGUCAAUCACAAAACACUGAGAAUAGAUAUGCAAGUAACGUCACUAGGCUGCAUCAUCAUACAGACAUCAGUAUUGGUGAUGCCAUUUGUGAAACAUCUUUGUGA